AUGGAGAAAAUCCAUAUGGUCCAAGAGAUCGUCAUCACUGUCCAGAACAUUUUGGAUGAAAUCGCAUGCAUAGGGGAAAGAGUCAAGAAGUAAGUUUGACAUUUUAUGUUUACAGUAUACUGGCGAGUUAAAUGUUCUCUAUAGAAGUGGGUGUAUAACGCUUUGGCUAGCAACUACAUUAUUGAUUGUGCAGUAUCUUGUAACAUCUUAGUCAUAAUGAUAUUCUGACUUUAUUUGAUGUAAUAUUUCAUCCACAGCACAUUGAACUGGUCUGUGCCCUUCCUGUCCUGCCUGGCCUGCUUGGUUCUCUUUGUGGCAACAGCAGCAUUAUACUACAUCCCACUGCGCUACAUUAUCUUCAUAUGGGGUAAGUCAAAUAUACACCAUUAUUUUUUAUUAUAAAUACUGUAUUUUGUAAUGAAUAGUUUCCCUUCGGCAAAACAUUGUUGAAAAAAGACAAUUACAGUAAAUAGCGCUUACAUCCAUUAUAUAACAGUAAUUUGAACAUUCAGCAAUACUCACACCUCUUGAAUGCCCAGAGCUCAGGCUGCUAGCUCCAGAGGCCCAUUGUGCUCAGAGCUCUGCUCAGUGUGAGAUGUAAGCAGACCAGUCUAAGGCUAGGCCCAGGGUCUGUGAGAAAACAAAGCCGAGCGGCGAGGCAGGGAGAGCAUCAUGCUGUACAUAAAACAGGAUGUCCUUGGGCAGUGUAGGCUCCUGGUGUAAACCCUCAUUAUCCGCUCCAGUCCUACAGAGAUAGACAGUUGCCUCAGCGGUCAGAGGGAAACAGACACUCCUCAUCCAGCUGUUGGCCCACAACUAACUGUACUUCUACACUGCCUCCAACACAAUCGAUACCAACAUCAUAUCAAACAACAGCACUGAUACACUCUCCUGACUCCACAGUUAACCCCCAUCUCUGGUUGCAAGGCAAGCCUUUCAUGUAGUCUGCACACAUUUAGGUCCUUAGGUUCUUUCUGUACACAUUGUGGUAAAUGCUGUAGCUAGCAGUGAAUAUAUGGUACCAUUAUGGUCUGUUUUCUUUCUAGAAAUACUGUGGAAUGCAACCAAAUGGGGAGAAAUAACAGUAUUGAACAUGAUUAGAGAGAAAUAAUAAACUUAUUUGAAUGAAAACAUAAAUGUUUUUGUCGUUUGAGUGAUAUGGAAAGGUAGUUGGGAGUGGGGUGUUGAUAGGGGGGAGGGGAGGUUGGUGGUAAUCUCUGCUCUGGGCUAUUGUACUGAAUGUGUACUCAGAGGACCUGAGUCGCCUUUGGACACAGACUGAAAUGUAUGUUCUGCAGUCAACUAUCAGGCUCUGUUCAAAAGCUGUCAUGGAUGUGUGUGUGUCUGUCUGCAUUACAGCAUCCUCUGUACGGUUGUGCUGCCAACUUAUACACUACCGUUCAAAAGUUUGGGGUCACUUAGAAAUGUCCUUGUUUUCGAAAGAAAAGCAUUUUUUUUGUCCAUUAAAAUAACAUCAAAUUGAUCAGAAAUACAGUGUAGACAUUGUUAAUGUUGUAAAUGACUAUUGUAGCUGGAAACGGCAGAUUUUUUUUGGAAUAUCUACAUAGGCGUACAGAGGCCCAUUAUCAGCAACCAUCAGUCCUGUGUUCCAAUGGCACAAUGUCUACACUGUAUUUCUGAUCAAUUUGAUGUUAUUUUAAUGGACAAAAAAUGUGAUUUUCUUUCGAAAACAAGGACAUUUCUAAGUGACCCCAAACUUUUGAACGGUAGUGUAUAUUUAUGAUGAUACAUAUCCAUUGCACUGUCCAUACAACCCCACCACCUUAUUGAUGUACUGAUUCAAUUUAGUUCCUAGGGAUCAAUUCAAAUAGCAUCACAAGGUGCAAUUUCACACAGCAGUGAACAUAGCCACGGGAAGUAGGGGUACUGAGGGUGCUGCAGCACCCCCUGAAAGAUCAGAAGAGAAUAAAACAAUUAUACUAAAAUAAGUUAAAGUAUAUAAUUUGUAUUUAUUUUUUUCUUCACUGGGCCUCUACUAGUAUUUUUCAGCAUCUCUGCUUUGGCAAAAAAAGGUAGUUGCAUAAUUAAGAACAGUAUCUUGCAAGAUUCAAUAAUUGGAAUUGUAAGAGUUGUUGCCCUGUCAUUUUCUCUGUGAUUGUCAUUCUAAUGGAAUCCAGAAAUAACAAAACCCUGUCCUCAAACAUUUACAUCAAAAGGUGCAAAAUUAUCGGCAAAGACACAAAACAUCCCUAUCAAAUUAAAUAUUUGUCUUGAUCCAAUAACAUGGAAAACAACCACUUUUUGUGCAGUAUCAAUUUACUAUCCUUACGAACCACUUAAAUGUAAAUAUACAUUAGUGUAUUGUACAUAGGCUGGUCAUCUAGGUUUGUACCUGUAGACUUUCCAUCACCAUGAAGAAAAACAAUGCACAAUACAGUAAUUGAGUACAUUGACACAUCAAGUGGUUUGUGAUGAUGUGGCUCAGUCGGCAGAGCAUGGAGCUUGCAAUGCUAGGGUUGUGGGUUCGAUUACCACAGGACUAAAAAGUAUGAAAAUGUAUGCAUCACUACUGUAAGUUGCUCUGGAUGAGCGUCUACUAAAAUAGAAAAGGAAUGAAAAGACCAUUUCAGUUUUCACAUAGAAAUACAGUGUAAGUUGCAUUUACAAAGUAUUUCAAGAAACUGGAAAACAAAAUUUAAAAAUUGGCAAAAAAAUGCUACUUCCAGCGGCUAUGGCGGUGAAAGAGCUAGGGAUGGGGUUGCAAUAUUUUUUUGUCCUUCUAAAAAUAUGCAGGUCUGGAUGACAUCUUUAUUUAUUAAUGUGUCCUUGUUUUCACAGGCGUUAACAAAUUUACCAAGAAGCUGCGCAAUCCGUAUGCCAUUGACAAUAAUGAAAUACUGGAUUUCAUCAAGAGGGUGCCUUCUGAUGUUCAAAAGGUAAGGGUCCAAUUUUCCAUACAGACAGAGGGAGGGAAUUCUCUAAAGAUAUAUGCAUUAUUUGCUCUAACAGAAUUCCCAAGUGUUGGGGAAAUAUCCUCUGGCUUUGUUUGAUUAUUAAUGGACUCAUGCCUUUAAAACACCCCUGGCCCAAUUAUUUCUGGCAGUAGUUUGAUGCAGUCGCCCCAGUGCCUGGAUGGGUUCUACUCUGAUCUGUCCUCUGCCAUAUCGCUCCAGCCUAGUCCCUGAUUAGCAGUUUUGUCUCUCUGUGAUAAAAGCGCUGUGGUGUCCGGGACUAUGAUUGGCCAGGGGCCGGUGGAGGGCCCCCAAUGGCUGUAGUUGUGUGUGGCUGGGGUGCCCAGCUCUGAGUCAGCUGAGACACUCUGACGUGGCCCCUGUCACAUCAGGGUGGGGGAGUCAAUGAAUGUAGUUGUGAGCCCCGGCCGUCCUGCUGGGUGCCAUAUGUGAUCAUAUAUUAGCCAUGGCUGAUAUGUCAUUUGCUGUUACAUCACAGGGCUGAUAGCAAAUAGCUGCCAGGGCAGGGUGCUGUACUUUAAGUGGAGCUGGGUGUUCAUCCUGUUCACUCUCUGUUCUGUUCUCUGACCGUGGGCAGGAAAUAGUGCAACACAGCUCCUUCCUCUCCCAGGUACUUCACAGACAGUAUUCAGCCAGGAUACGUGACUGUCUGGAUCUGGAAAGACUCUCUGAACCCCAGUCUCUUUCUCUGCUGCCCCCUUGAUGUCCCUCUGAGAGUUAUUGCCAAAUGUUCAGUGAUGUUGUUGGAGAGAAGCCUAUGUGAUUUUUCGGCUGAGCAAGUUGGCAAAACAACAUGAUGAAUACAUUUAGUUUCACCAUCUUUUAUAUGUCUCACAUCUUUUAUAUGUGACACAUUUGUUCACGUUUUGAAAAUGACCAUGGAGACAAUACUUUUUAGUUUACGGAUCAGCUAUGUCCUGGAUGAUGGCUACAAAACAGAACAUUCAUAAUGACUCACCACUACAUACACUUCUGUGAAUAAUAAUAUUGCUGAAUAACACAAACACAAGAACCAUAACAAUAGUCCACAGAUUGCUGUUGUUACCUUAGAACUCCAACCCUUAGAUAGGCCUAGGUAUGGACACAGUCGAGCCAUAUUAAAAAGGCUGGAAAUGGACUCCUUUCUCACAGCAAAAUUACUUGGCAAUUAGUGCCUGUGCAAAUCUACAAAGCCGAGACUUCUGACAGGAGUGUGUCUGUCCUGAAAUAAGAAGCAUCUGUCAGUUCUGAGAACAGUUUCAUGUUCUGUUGCAGACGGCAGUCACUUUGUUCCCUCAUUCAUUCCAUCUACCAUUCUAAUAAUCAGGGUUUGGUAAUUAGUAUGGAGUCUCUACCUUGAUUCAACAGAACCAUGUUAUUGUUGUAUCAAAAACAAACAUGCUUUUGAAAGCAAAUUUGCUUCAAACUUCAUCUUGUUGAGUUUCUAAAACUAAUCUGUUUUGCAUUGUUGUUUUUAAAAAAAAAAUGUUUUGGCAUGUUAUUUUCACUAGACACAUAACAAAAAUUACACAAUGAUACAAGAUAUUUUAGAUACUUACGUUAUUUAAACCAUUGGCCAUAGUAAGUUCCAAUUUGGAAGUUUAAUUCUAGAUUUUCCGCCUUAAUUCUUGUUACAAAUAUGUUUGGACAUAUUGGAAUCUAUGUAAAAGAAUGAUUUGCAAAACAUUGAAACUUGAGACAAUCUUUGAUGUUGAGCCUCAUAAUUCUGCAGUGCAAACAUACUGUAACUGAAAGGAAAAAGAGGUUUAAGUUCAAAUGUCAAAGUGGCAGGUCUCUUUUUUCAGAAAUCAGUCAUCUUUGAGUUCCCACUGAAGCAUGUAAAGGUCGACAUCCCAUCGAUGCUAGUUCCUACUUUAGUCAAGAAACCCCUGGCUGAGGCAAUUCUUGGCUUCGUAUAAAGUUUUCUCAGAAAGGACAGAACUUGCACGAGCGAUUAUGCAGGUUACUCAACAGUUGAUGUCUGCUUCUAAUAUUGCGAUUGUGGCAGAGGAGGGGGGCGUACGCUGGUACGGAACCCUUGACUUCUCAAAUCCUUCCUCCCUGUGAUUAAUCCCCUCUGCUCCUGUGUUUAAAAAAUGAUUCAUUACAGGCGAACCCGCCUCGCUUUCCUCUGCACCAGCUCUCCUCGGGGGAGCCAUUACCGUGCGCUCCACUGAGCUCAGAUUACCUGCCUCCGACCAAACUCCUGUUUGUUUUUACAGGUGCAGUACAGCGAGCUGAGAGCGCCCAGCGUCCAGAGCCCACCACGGAGGAGAAGGUAAGCCCCGUGGACAUGCUAGAUGAAAGGCCCGGGCUCCUUCUGAAAAUGGCACAGCCCAGUCUGCUACGAUGACAAUGCUCCAGUGCCAGCAGAAUCUGCGACCCCUUACCCCCCUCUCCCGUGCCCCCUGCUGCGGGGGUGCAGUCAGCUACUCUCCCGCUUGUGUGUCUGCCACCCCCCUGACAGGGGCUGUGCACUGCACCGGCUAGGAGGGCAGCACAUGGAGCUGUCAAUCACAGAGCCAGAGACGCCGUCCGCCCACCCCGGCCCAGCUUGCAUCCAUUCAUGCAUUUUAUAA